GGCAUCUAAAAUGGAUCUCAAGUGUUCUCUGGAAGAAUGUGCAAUGGCACUGAACUUAUUUCUAAAUAAUAAAUUCUCUGAAGCCCUGGAAUUGCUUCGACCAUGGUCUAAAAACAGUAUGUAUCAUGCUCUUGGCUAUGGUACAAUAUUAGUUAUGCAAGCUGCUAUGACUUUUGAACAACAGGAUAUCCAGCUGGGAAUUUCUACAAUGAAGGAAGCUUUACAAACCUGCCAAAGAUUCAGAAAAAGAAGCACAGUGGUAGAGUCUUUGUCCAAUCUGGUUUCUAAACAGUCAGUGGACCAGCUGAGUGAAGAGGAAAUGCAUGCUGAAAUCUGUUAUGCUGAAUGUUUAUUGCAGAAAGCAGCACUUACAUUUGUACAGGAUGAAAAUAUGAUCAACUUUAUCAAGGGUGGCCUCAAAAUUAGGACAAGUUACCAAAUAUACAAAGAAUGUCUUCAAGUGCUACAGAUGACUCAGGGCAUCAAAAGCAAAAAUGAAACUUACCACCAGUUUGAAGGAGGAGUAAAGCUUGGGAUAGGAGCAUUUAAUCUGUUGCUGUCCCUUUUACCAGGAAGGAUUCUCCGGCUUCUAGAAUUUAUUGGCUUUUCUGGCAACAGGGAUAUAGGCCUCCUCCAGCUACGGGAAGGUGCUUCCGGUACAAGUUUGAGGGCCAUCCUGUGUACUUUCACCUUGCUGGUAUAUCACACUUUUGUCUGCUUCAUCCUUGGUACAGGAGAAGCCAAUCUUGAGGAAGCAGAGACUCUACUUGAACCCUACCUCCAGAAGUUUCCAAAUGGUUCCAUUAUUUUAUUCUACGCUGCCAGAAUAUCUAUACUGCAAGGAAAUUUUGAAAAGGCACAGUUAACACUCCAAGAAUGCAUUGCAGCCCAACAAGAGUGGAAACAGAUCCAUCACCUCUGUUACUGGGAGCUGAUGUGGUGCUACACAUUCCAGCAGAACUGGCUUCAAGCAUAUCGGUAUGCAGACCUGCUCUGCAAAGAGAGCAGGUGGUCUAAGGCAAUAUAUGUGUUCCAGAAAGCUGCAAUUUUGUGUAUGCUUCCUGAUGAUGAUGUGAAGAAAACUGGGGAGGACGUUGUAUCUUUGUUCAGACAAAUAGAAGGCCUAAGGCAAAGAAUUGCAGGAAAAUCUAUUCCAACAGAAAAGUUUGCAGUAAGGAAAUCACGUCGCUAUGCAAGUUCUCAGCCAGUGAAGCUUAUACUACCUGCCCUGGAAAUGAUGUAUGUUUGGAAUGGUUUUGCAGUUGUAGGCAAAAGAACAGACCUUACAGAAAGUUUAUUAAUAACAAUUGAAAAAGAGGAAACUGCUCUACAGAAUGAAGCUAAUCAUAGUGAAUACUACAUGGAUGAUGUAUGCUUGCUGCAGUUACUAAAAGGCCUCUGUCUGAAAUACCUGGGAAGACUCUUGCAAGCUGAGCUGUGUUUCAAUCAAGUUAUCCAAAGUGAAAAACAGAUAAAGUAUGAUAACUACUUGGUGCCAUUCACCCUAUAUGAGUUGGGACUUCUGUACAAACAGCGGGAUGAAAGAGAAAAAGCAAUACGAUACAUAGAAACUGCAAAAAACAAUUACAAGGAUUACUCCAUGGAGUCCAGGUUACAUUUUAGGAUUCAUGCAGCACUUGACAGUCUGAAAGUGACUCCUGCUUCAACGCCUUGACUUACCCAAAGAAGGAUCUUCUUCAUGAAUGCAAGUGUCUACGCAAUCUUGUUCAAUAGGUGUAAAAAAAAUCAUGAAAAAGAAAAAAAUUAUAUUUUCUAUCAUCUUUUUGAUUUACUAUUUGUCAUACUUUAGGCUGUUCUUUUCUAUGAUGCCUAUACAAUAUUUCUGCUUGACACUUUUAAGAAAUACCUUUUAUUUAAUUUGCUAAAAUAAUGUAACGUUUGACUUGAAUGGGGCCAGUUGCAGGUGCAAUAAAGUAAUUAAAAUACUUUAUUUUUUAUGUAAAAAAUAAUGUUGUUUAUGGAGCUGUUUGAGUCUAGGUAAUGAUUUUGGCAUUCCAUGGAGACUUGAUUAUCUGCAAUAUGCUUAUUAGGAUUUUUCUGCCUCUGGAAUAAAUUUGCUGGCUGCUAAGAGUCUGUCAUACAGUACACCUCUGACAUUGGAAUUUUUGUACCAAGGAGAAGAUGCAUUAUCUUUGGGCCAGAAGAUGAAAAAUGCUUAAUUUUCCUUC